CAGCAUUAUGCGGAAGGAAGGUUGAUCGGCGCCAUAUUUGAUACAUCAGAAGCUAGCUAGCGUUAGUUGUUUACAAGCCCAAACUUUUAACUUGAGACGGAAACCUAAAGCAAGCCCUCAACUUAAUCCAAGAUGAAUGUAAUCGAUCACGUACGGGAUAUGUCCGCCGCUGGCCUUCACUCUAAUGUCCGGAUAUUGAGCAGUUUGUUGCUGACGAUGAGUAAUAACAAUUCAGAGCUUUUCUCGCCGGCCCAGAAGUACCAGUUGCUGGUUUACCACGCCGAUGCCAUCUUCCAUGACAAGGAAUAUCGUAAUGCUGCCUGUAAAUACAGCAUGGCGCUGCAACAGAAGAAGGUGCUCAGCAAAACAUCUAAAGUUCGUACUUCUACUGGUGGAGCUGCGUCUAACAUUCAGGCACAGAGUUUGCCCUCAGAAAUUGAGGUGAAAUACAAGAUUGCCGAAUGCUACACCAUUUUGAAACUGGAUAAAGAUGCCAUUGCCGUGCUCGAUGGGAUCCCAUCCAGACAGAGGACUCCAAAGAUCAACAUGAUGCUCGCUAACCUGUACAGGAAAGCUGGUCAGGAGCGCUCUGCAGUGACGAGCUACAAAGAGGUCCUCAGACAGUGUCCCGUCGCGCUGGAUGCAAUCAUUGGUCUUCUCUCUUUGUCAGUCAAAGGAGCUGAAGUGGCGUCUAUGACUAUGGAUGUGAUCCAGAGUAUCCCCAACCUGGACUGGCUCUCUGUUUGGAUCAAAGCUUAUGCCUUCAUACACGCGGGGGACAAUCAAAGAGCCAUCAACACUAUUUGCUCUCUUGAGAAGAAGUCUCUGUUGCGGGACAACGUGGAUCUCCUGGUGAGCCUGGCAGAUGUCUACUUCAGGGCGGGUGACACCAAGAACGCCAUCCUCAAAUUUGAACAAGCCCAGAUGCUCGACCCAUACCUCAUCAAAGGAAUGGAUGUUUAUGGCUACCUGAUGGCCCGCGAAGGACACUUGGAGGAUGUUGAAGUCCUGGGAGGAAGAUUAUUUAAUAUCUCAGACCAGCAUGCAGAACCCUGGGUGAUCUCUGGUUGUCACAGCUUUUAUAGCAAGCGUUACUCCAGAGCCCUGUACCUGGGAGCAAAGGCCAUCCAGCUGAACAGCAACAGUGUGCAGGCUCUCCUCCUAAAGGGGUCAGCACUGAGAAACAUGGGCCGUGUUCAAGAAGCCAUCAUCCAUUUCAGGGAGGCCAUGCGCUUGGCUCCCUGCAGACUCGACUGCUAUGAAGGUCUGAUCGACUGUUACCUGGCAUCCAAUGGGAUUCGAGAGGCCAUGGGGAUGGCCAAUAACAUCUAUAAGACUCUGGGGGCCAAUGCACAAACUCUGACCAUCCUCGCCACGGUGUGCCUGGAAGACCCGGUGACUCAGGAGAAAGCCAAAACCCUGCUGGACAAAGCCCUGGCCCAGAGACCGGACUACACCAAGGCGGUAGUCAAGAAGGCGGAACUGCUCAGUCGGGAACAGAAAUACGAAGAAGGGAUCGCUCUCCUCAGGAACGCCCUGGCCAAUCAGAGUGAUUGUGUCCUGCACAGAAUGCUGGGAGACUUCCUAGUGGCUGUCAACGAUUACCAAGAAGCCAUGGAUCAGUACAGCAUAGCGCUAAGCCUGGAUCCCAAUGACCAGAAGUCUUUAGAAGGCAUGCAGAAGAUGGAGAAGGAGGAGAGUCCCACAGACGCCACGGUGGAGCUGGACGGCGACGACAUGGAGGGCAGUGGCGAGGACGGAGAUCUGGAGGGCAGCGACAGUGAAGCAGCACAGUGGGCUGAUCAGGAACAGUGGUUUGGUAUGCAGUGACCUCGGCCACUGCAGGAUACACAGUCACCCCCCUCCCCCCGCCCCCGCCGCAGCCUGAGGGAAGCUUUUGGCCAUCGGAAGUCGUCAAACAGCACAACGUGGCCGCGGAUGCUUUUUUUUUUUUUUUUUCCCCCAACAUUCUGACAACCUUAUCACUUCGCCGUGGAGCUAAAUGAGCCUUGUUGGCUCGUCCAUACAGAUGCCAAUCCAGCCUUACAGCAGCAGGAGACACUCAACCCCCCGAGACAUUAGACAUCUGCUGUUCAACACCAUUGUACGACUAAACAAUAUUUCUCAAUAUUUGUAAAUGAUUAAAGUCAUAUCGCUGACUUUACUUUAGUUAUUUCCCCCAGCACUUACUCGUUUCAUCUUUGCUGGCAGUCUGAAUAAAUGCAUCACCGUCCGCAAAUAGUGCAAAGUACAACUUCAAGUUACAUAUACUCAUAAUGAAGUGAGUAUCAGUGUAUUU